AUGAAUAAGGGUUAAUAAUUAAUUUAUUGUAAUAGGUAAUUCAUUAAAUAAUCUUGGGAGAUAUAAUUAUGCAAUAGUUUGUUUUGACAAGUUAAUCCAACUUGAUCCUAAUGAUGCAUCGGCUUAUAUGAAUAAGGGUUCAUAAUUAAUUUAUUGUAAUAGGUUUAUCAUUAAAUAAUCUUGGGAGAUAUAAUGAUGCAAUAGUUUGUUUUGACAAGGCAACCCAACUGGAUCCUAAUUUUGCAUCGGCUUAUAUGAAUAAGGGUUAAUAAUUAAUUUAUAUUUAUAGGUAAUUCAUUAAAUAAUCUUAAAAAAUAUAAUGAUGCAAUAGUUUGUUUUGAAAAGGCAAUUCAACUGGAUCCUAAUGAUGCAUCGGCUUAUAUGAAUAAGGGUUAAUAAUUAAUUUAUAUUUAUAGGUUAUUCAUUAUAUAAUAUUGGGUAAUAUUAUGAUGCAAUAGUUUGUUUUGACUAGGCAAUCCAAAUGAAUCCUAAUUUUGCAUUGGCUUAUAAUAAUAAGGGUUCAUAAUUAAUUUAUUGUAAUAGGUUUAUCAUUAAAUAAUCUUGGAAGAUAUAAUGAUGCAAUUAUUUGUUUUGACAAGGCAAUCCAAUUGGAUCUUAAUGAUGCAUCGUCUUAUUAUAAUAAGGGUUAAUAAUUAAUUUAUUGUUAUAGGUUUAUCAUUAUAUAAUCUUAAAAAAUAUAAUGAUGCAAUAGUUUGUUUUGACAAGGCAAUCCAACUUGAUCCUAAUUUUGCAUUGGCUUAUAAUAAUAGGGGUUAAUAAUUAAAUUAUUGUAAUAGGUUUAUCAUUAUAUAAUUUUAAAAAAUAUAAUGAUGCAAUUGUUUGUUUUGACAAGGCAAUCCACCUGGAUCCUAAUUUUGCAUUGGCUUAUAUGAAUAAGGGUUAAUAAUUAAUUUAUUGUAAUAGGUAAUUCAUUAUAUAAUCUUAAAAAAUAUAAUGAUGCAAUAGUUUAUUUUGACAAGACAAUCCAACUGGAUCUUAAUUUUGCAUUGGCUUAUAAUAAUAAGGGUUAAUAAUUAAUUUAUAUUUAUAGGUAAUUCAUUAAAUAAUCUUGGGAAAUAUAAUGAUGCAAUAUUUUGUUAUGACAAGGCAAUCCAACUUGAUCCUAAUGAUGCAUCGGCUUAUUAUAAUAAGGGUUAAUAAUUAAUUUAUUGUAAUAGGUGCUUUACUAUCUCAAUUGAAGAAGUAUUAAUAAGCUAUCGAUAAUUACAAGCAAGCACUUUUUUAUUGCAAAGAAGACAAAAAUGAAUUUAAUAAAUUAAUUAUGGAAUUAAGAUAUAAGAAAUGA